GCCGGCACGACAGGGGCCGCUCAUCGGUGGCCCGACGGGGCCUUGUGCGGGGAGGGAGGUCGACGGGAGUUGGAGCUUCGUGGGACAGGCUGAGGGCGGACCACUUCGGUGAACCCAUCGGCAAGCGGGCACGAUGCUGCGAAGUCAGGCUCGGGUGUUUGAGGAUGGGGGGGAGGACGAGAAUCGGAAGGUGCAGAAGAGAUGUUGCGUGUACAAGUACAUCCACGUGGGACAGAGUCUCGACGAGAGAUUCCGCGGCAAUCGCAUGUUGAAGUGCGUUUUCUGCGGCCACGAGUUCCAGGGCAACCAGUUCUUUGAGGAGCUUCACGGUCCGGCGCCUGCGAUGGAUCCGCGACGGGACGAGGGCGGGGAGGGAGAGAUGAGGGACGCGGAGGAGCAGAUCGACGUGCACGACGACGUCGAGGAGGUUGCGCGGGCGGGGUUGUCAGAGAGGGAGCGAGGGAAGGGCGUUGUCAGCGAGCCGGGGGGGGCGCAGGGCCAGUACUUUGCGUCGGCGCACGUGUCGGCUCGUACACGGGCAGGUGCAGAUACGGCUGAGGCGGGUCCGUCUGCGGGGAAGAGGAAGGAGAGAGAGAAGGGGUCGCGACCGACGGCAGCACAGAAGAGGCUGAGGCAGAACACGAUCACGGAGUCAUUCUCUUCAAAGUGCCAGAUGGAGUUCAAGAAAAGGUGGCUGCGGUUUGUGUACAGUCAGCGCCUGGCGUUCAACGUCUUCCGUAGCGAGCCGUGGUUGGACGUCGUCCGACACUUCAGGGAUUUGUCGGGGCCAGUGAAGGUGUUGUGGCCUUCAGAGAACGAGAUUGCGGACAUAGAGACCAUUGUCCACACGGCGGACGAUGUGGGAGCUGAUCUCACGGAGGUCAGGGUUCCUUUCUAUGUCACGGGGGCCACCAUUAUGUCAGAACGAAGGAAGUCACGUGAUGCUAGACCCAUCGUUAACUUCCUUGUCGGCGGGUCGCGUGGGGUGAUGCUCGUCCGGACGAUGAACAGGGACGGUGAGCAGGAUCGGGCGCCUGAUGUGUUGGCGUGCUGGAUCAAGGUGUUCGAUAACUUCCCCCCUAAGUGGGUGAACGCCAUCUGCACCGACUCCGCCUCGGCUUACGUCGCCGCGGCGAACAUGCUCCAUGGGCCCGAGCAGAGGCCAGAGCAUCGACGGAUCACGUGGCUCCCAUGCGCAGUGCAUGUCUGCAACAAGAUGUUGUCAGACAUUGGCUGUUCGGGCGCGUGGUCCAAGGACAUCAUCGUGAGGGGGAGAGCGGUGAUGCGCAUUAUUGAGGAGCACGACGCCACUCUCCAUAUUUUUCAGGGGGAGAGCAAGCAGAUGGGCCUCAUUUAUCCUUGCGAGACACGUUUUGCAUCCGUGUUCGCGAUAAUGGAGCGUUUGCUGGCAAUGAGGUCAGCAUUGGAGAGGACGGUGGAUGACGAUACUUGGGGAUCUGGCCGCCAGGUAGCAGAAGAGGUUUGUGCACUUCCGGCCGAUCUUGCACACUACAUUAUGCAGAGGGUGCAGACUCGAUGCGCUCACAUGUUGGAGCCGGCGCACGCCACUGCUCACCUUCUCUGUCCCAGCCGGCGGGACUUACGGUACUUCGAGGGCGUGGUCAGCGACUACGACGCGAGCUUGACAAAGAAGCGUAACCGGCUUGAGUUUGAGAAGGUCGCGGAGUUGGUUGAGAUCUCAGCCAACGUCCGCCUUCUCUCUCAUCAGCGGGCAGGCCGCGGGUUCGCGCUGUCGUGGAGUCUAGAUGAGUCAUUGUUGGACGUGGAGGGAGGUAUCGAGAUUCGCCCCUCAUGGAAGGGGACGGACGAGAGCAAGACGCAGGAGGAGCUUGAGGAUCCGAGACGUUCUUGGCAGCGAGACCCAUGUGGGUCCAGAGCUCCUCCGGGUGAUGUGGGCGAUGUUUUUGAGACUCGAGCCGCCACAUUGCACCCGUACCCUCGAGACGACAGUGAUUCCGAGGGUCACGAGGACGAGCCCGAGCCGGCGGGCCCCGCUACCGCCACUUCUGCGGCGGAUGAGCGUGAUGAGUGGAGCGACCCAGAGGACAUCCGUAGAUGGAGUGGCGGAGAUGACCUUCUCGUUCGAGUUGAUUUGGAGGAGGAGUCUGGGGGUCGACAUGGGAGCCCUCUAGAGCGUCAGAGGCCUACGUCCACUGGCCCGCGGUCCGCUGAGCGGGAGAGAGAUCCUGGAUCUGUACCUUCGAGGGGGGCAGAGUCGGGGAUUGGCCAUCGUCCUGCGCGUGUUCGUACUGGCACGACAUCAUCCACCGCUCUUCCCACUUCGACGGAGCAGCUUCAUCGGCAGCCAGCCGGGAAUGAUCGAUUGCAGAGAUUGGUGAGGGGCCCGAGAAGGCGAUUGGAGGACAGAUUAGAGGGUGGUCCUUCACCGGUGCAGGGGGACAACGGAGAUAGACAGGGGUUGGCUGGUGGAGAUGGUGGUGCGUUGGCCGGAGGUGGAGGCGGUGCCGAGGUUGCUGCGGCAGUUGAGGGGAUACCGAUGGGCGGCGGAGGCGGUUUCAGUGACUUUGGUGACGUGGGUAUGCCCCCGGGAGAGAGUGUGGGUCUGGCCCAAGGAGAGAGCGAGUCCCAUGGGGACAUCAGUGUGGAGAGGCUGGAUAGGCUUGAUAGUCGUCGAGCUGGCCUCAUGGCACAGAGGGACCCCAGGACGCAGGAGCUCGCCCGUCUUGCGGCCGAGGACCGACGGAGGCAGCAAGGGACAUUUACGCCGGCGUCCGUUGACGUAGCGCCAACUGCCCACACGGAUCCUCCGGCAGAGGUUUACGACACGACGCAGCGGGAGGCGGCUUCAGCAGAGGUUUCGAGUACGGGAGUAGAUGUUCAACAGGGGACGCACGAGAGCGGGUUGGCACCGACAGAGGAGCCACGUUUGAAGUCGGUGCAGCCUCCUGCCGUCCAGCUGAGGCCCAAGGAGACAUUGCAUGAGGUCGCGGGCGUGCCCUUGCCCACGGGUUCAGUUGAGGGUAUCGUGCAGAUGUCCCCGGGUCUGGAGGACAUACAGACGGGGCAGUCAGUGGGCGUUGAUGAUAUUCGCCCAUCGGCACAGGCGGAGGGGAUAGCACCGACCACCGGGGGGGAGGGGGCCGUAGCGGGGGCCGUUGGUGUUGGCGGGGUGGGGGUGCCUGCUCAGGCCGAUCCGAUAUCCACGUCUGGCGGGGGAGAUCCCGCACAGGUCGACAGGCGUGACGCGGACGGACAGGAGAUGCCACAGACUUUGGUGGUUCGCACUGCUAUGGGGUCAGUGGUGCCACAUCAGGCACCGUUUUUGAAGGGUCAUAGGCGUCGUGCACAUGGCGGUGACCCGGUCGAGGAGCGACGUGUAGGCAGGGGCGCGUGCAUUCCCCCGGUCCCUACUUUUGCGUCGUCACGGACGAGGCCGGAGAUUAGGCAUGUGGCUACGCCUCGAGGCAGCCUCCCUUUUGGUUUUAUGACCGCUGAGGAGUUGGAGGAGCACGGCAGGACGGAUUUGAUGGAGAUCGACCAGCGUAUUUUCAGGUCAAUCCCGGAGGAGGGGAAGCUGCCUCACGUGCAGGACUUGUCUUGGGGGCCAGCCAGCCCCAGCUUACCUUCAGGAUGUUCCGUCGCAGCGCCAUCUGGCGGGGCUGAAGGGGGCUUACCUUCUGGAAGUUCCGUUGCAGCGCCAUCUGGCGGGGCUGCAGGGGGCUUACCUUCAGGAGGUUCCGUCGCAUCGUCAUCUGGCGGUGCUGCAGGCCCUUCGUCACCCUUGACCGCAGCUCCGAGGGAGGGCGGCAGUCUCACCCUGAGGCCGGUUGCCCGUAGACGGAGAGACACUACCGAGCGUGCGCGGGCCUUGCUGGACACCAUGUUGUUCGGUCGCACUGAUCGACCAUGGAGCGAGACGAGACGGGUGACGAUGGCGAGUGCCGGUCGUCAGCCAGGUUUGAGAGGGGCUUCCACGAGCGUGAGACGCCGAGAUGUUGUAGCUUCAGGGUUUGGUGGUAGAGGCGGUGGCGGCGGUGUCAGCGGUGGCGACGGCGACGGCAGACGUGAGGGUGCAGGCGGUGCCGCGGCGAGCGCAGUGGAUCCGCCCUUGCCGUACGGUUUGAGAGAGGUGUCGAUUAUUUUGCAGGAGCCUGACGUUGUUACAGAACUGAGGCAGGAGAGACGCGUGCCCUCAGAUCGACGCCAAGAGGGGGAGACUUCAGGGACAGAUGGUCUACCUAUGGCACGCGAGUCACGCCGACGUGAGGACCUAGCAACCGCAGGCAUCAGGACUGUGAGAGGCAGGAGAGUCAUAAUGGACGACGACCCCGACGAGCGUCCCGUCGCUCUCGAGCCUUCCACUAGCAGACGCGACGGCCAGCGUCAGAGAGAUCGAGGACGUGGCAGUGGUCGGUCCCACGGACGAGGUUCUCAUCGGUCCGAGCGAGAUCCGCGUGCACACGACGAUUGUUGAUGGACUACGGACUUGCGUUUUCUUGACUUUCUCAGUGUAGUUUACUUUUUUGUUAUCCAUAACAGACGUAG